UCUUGCAUAUACUUAGAUCCAAAGAGGCCUGCUGCGGGAAUGGCUGGAAGGAAAUUGAGUGUGCUGCAAAACACGGUUUAACAUGAAACAGACAGGGAAUUUUGACUUGUUUUCAUGAGGAAGACAUUAUGCUGGAUUAACCAUGAAACAUCAAGUACACAUUCCAUUUUUACUGCUUCUCAGAAUGGUGAUCUUCAGUUCUGCGGGGACACACCUAAGAGCUCCAAAGAUCACCACCCCCCUUGAAACCCAGGACGCACUUGUGGAGGAACCAACCACAUUCACCUGUGCAGUAGAUUCCAGUCCAAUAGCAGAGAUCAUCUGGACUCGUAAUAACAUUCCCAUUAGGCCAUUUGAUGGACGGUACAGUAUUACAGAAGAUGGUCAGCUCUUAACCAUACUUAGUGUGGAUGAUACAGAUAGUGGAGUUUAUUGUUGUACAGCAAAUAAUGGAAUUGGAGAUUCUUCUGAAAGCUGUGGAGCAUUACAAGUUAAAAUGAAACCCAAAAUGACCCGUUCCCCUACUGAUGUCACAGCAUUACUAGGUGCAAAAGUUGUUUUGCCCUGCAGUGUAAUGGGGAAUCCAAAGCCCUCUGUUUCAUGGUUGAAAGAUGGCGUUACAGUAGUGCAGGACAACCACAUUGCCAUUCUUGAAACUGGAAAUUUGAGGAUCCGCAGCAUUGAAACAGAAGAUGCAGGACAAUAUCGAUGUGUUGCAAAGAACAGUCUUGGUACAGAAUAUUCCAAACCUGCUACAGUGAAAGUACAGGUACCUGCCAGAAUUCUGAAUGCUCCUGUUUCCAAGAAUGUUUCCUUUGGUUCAGAUAUAAUGUUGCAAUGUACAGCCACAGGCAUUCCAGUUCCCAGCAUCACAUGGCUUGACAGUGGAAAAGCAGUUUUGGGAGCCUCCAUUCUUGAUACUAUAAAAGAACAAGUGAUUGAUUCUAGAUUACAAAUACAUGUUACUAGGCCUGGCUUAUUUACCUGCAUAGCCACCAACAGACAUGGUGGUGGAGUGAGUCGUGUAAAAUCCACAGCUGCAAUUGGUGUCUCAGACUGGAGGUUAUAUAAAAGUGAUGCUGGGUACUGCAGCACAUAUCGAGGAGAUGUUUGCAAAACAUAUCUUGAGACAAAUGUGCUUGUUUUCUUUAACACUUCUUACCCUGAUCCUGAGGACACACAGGAGUUUUUGGCUCAGAAUGCCUGGAGUGAGCUAAACUCAGUGAGCCCAUUAUGUCGUCCAGCUGCCGAAGCACUGCUGUGCCGCUAUGUUUUCCAAGAAUGUAAUCCAACAGGUAUAGGCCCAUCUCCCAAGCCGGUAUGUAGGGAGCACUGCCUUGCGGUGAAGGAACUGUACUGCUUCAAGGAAUGGCUCUCAAUGGAUGAAAAUGCACGUAAAGGAAUAUACUCUAUGGGAUUAAUGCUCUCUCUGCCUGAUUGUAACAGACUUCCAAGCAUUAAUGAAGAUGCCAAGGCAUGCAGCAAAGUGUCCUACUUUGAAAUUGACAAGAAACAAGUCACCACAACAUGUUAUAAAGACAAGGGAAAGUUUUAUCAAGGAUUUGUGAACACUACAGUGUCAGGACUCCCCUGUCAGAAAUGGACUGAGCAGGUUCCACAUUUUCAUAGAAGAUCCCCAGAUAUUUUUCCUGAGCUUCAGAAUUCUGAAAAUUAUUGCCGUAACCCUGGAGGAGAAAGUGCACGGCCCUGGUGUUAUACAGUUGACCGCUCUGUAAGAUGGGAGUACUGUAAUGUGCCUCUCUGUGGGAAUGAAACCUUGCCAGUGGUAGCCCCACCAAAACUACAGUCCCCAAACGCUCCUCCUCUUCCUCCUCUAUCUCCUGGCUCUGCCACAUACUCCAUGACGGUCAUCAUUUCCAUUCUAUCAGGCUUUGCAGCUGCAGUUCUGUUGAUCAUUUUUGCCAUUCUUUGCCAUCGAAGACAGAAGCAGUGGAAGAACAGACAGAGAGAGACAACUACUCCAGCUCUUACUGGCUUUCCAUCAGAGCUGAUCCUGGACAGGCUUCACCCGAAUCCAAUGUACCAGCGUAUGCCGCUACUUCUGAAUCCCAAACUGCUCAGCUUGGAAUACCCCAGAAACAACAUUGAAUAUGUAAGAGAUAUUGGGGAAGGAGCAUUUGGAAGGGUAUUUCAGGCAAGGGCACCAAGACUUCUACCAAACGAGAUGUCUACCAUGGUGGCAGUGAAGAUGCUAAAAGAAGAAGCUUCUGCUGAUAUGCAGGCUGAUUUCCAAAGAGAGGCUGCACUAAUGGCAGAAUUUGAUCAUCCAAACAUUGUCAAACUGUUAGGUGUCUGUGCUGUUGGGAAACCAAUGUGCUUGCUGUUUGAGUACAUGGCUCAUGGUGACCUUAAUGAAUUUCUACGUCAGCGGUCUCCAAGUGUGCUUUUUAACCUGAGCCAUUCAAGCCUUUUCAGGAAGAGCAUUGAAUCAGACAAACUGCCUGUUCCCUUAAGCUGUACUGAUCAACUCUACAUUGCAAAACAGAUUGCAGCAGGCAUGGCAUACCUUUCUGAACGUAAAUUUGUUCAUCGUGACCUGGCCACAAGAAACUGUUUGGUCGGUGACAACAAAGUGGUCAAGAUUGCCGACUUUGGUCUUUCAAGAAAUAUCUAUUCUGCAGAUUACUACAAGGCAAAUGAAAAUGAUGCCAUCCCUAUUCGAUGGAUGCCACCAGAAUCCAUAUUCUACAACCGUUAUACUACUGAGUCCGAUGUUUGGGCUUAUGGAGUUGUACUGUGGGAGAUCUUUUCACAUGGCAUGCAGCCAUACUAUGGGAUGGCCCAUGAGGAAGUAAUCUAUUAUGUCAGAGAUGGAAACAUUCUUUCCUGCCCAGACAACUGUCCUUUAGAGUUGUACAACCUCAUGCGUUUGUGCUGGAGCAAGCUUCCUUCUGAUAGGCCCAGUUUUGGUAGCAUUCACUGUAUUCUAGAACGCAUGCAUGAUCGGGCAGUGGCGUCCAUUCAAGUGUAAAAUCUUUGUAUGGUAUAAAGAGCUUACUGUUGUCCUACACUCCUUGGUUCAGUUUGAUCUGACUAAUGACAGUUAGGGCCCCAUAGGUAUACCAGAAACUGAGAGCAGAAAGACAGGCCUACAGAAAAACUGGCCAAGAUGGAGGGAUCUGAAGAAGUUAAACUUUUCCCCUUAGUUAUCAGGAGUUAAGUGAACAUACUUACUUCAAUCAAAGUAAAACACCAUGCAAUGUUCAGCCAUAGCUGGAACUGUUAAUAACACCUGUGCUUUCCAUGGUAAGCAGUAAAUAAGUUAGUCAAGAAAUAUACCAAAGACAUCCCACCCCCAUGCCUGGCAUGACUCACAGCAUUGCUUAACAGAUGUGACUUUUUAGGAAAUAAUAAAUUCUCAUAAAUCAAAGACAGUGUCACAGCUAUCCUGCAGCAGAACAUUGUGAACUUAAGCUUUAUUUCUGUCAGAUAUUUCUGAUGAAAGUAUUUGCUAUGUUAAUUGCAAAACUUUACUUCUUUUAGUUCAGUUGGAUAUUUUCAGUUUAAAAUCAGGAGACCGC